AAAAUCGUUUUUUUUUUUCAAUUCCCCAAUUGGGUCUUCAAAAUCAGUGACAAAAAUCUUUCUUUUCAAAAUCUUAAUUUAUAGUACCUUUUUUUGAAGAGAAACUUGGAAGGUUUUUCAGUUUUACUUAGAACAAAAUGCAUAGGUUUUGAUUGUUUUUAAGGUUUCUGGUGUUAUGAGUUAUUCAGGUGAAUGUUUGUUGCAACUUGCACAACGUUGCUUGAAGUACCCAAAACAAUUGAAGCAGAUUCAUUCUCUUGUAAUCACCAAGGGUUACCUCCUUUUUCACCAUAACAAAUGGAUGCCAACACUUCUCUACAAUGCUCUCAUAAGAGCCUAUCAUGUUCAAAAUCACAACAAGGUUCUUGUCAUUUUUACUCACAUGCUUUCCAACAAUGUCUCACCCAACACUCACACUUUCCCUCCUCUCCUUAAAUCAUCACCUCGUUCUCUUGUCGCGUCUCUUCAUUCUCAAGCCUUCAAACGUGGGGUCUUGUCUGACCCUUUUGUGCUGACUACUCUUCUCGUACUCUAUGCAAGACACAACCACAUUGUUUGUGCCCAAAAGGUGUUUGAGGAAGUUCCUCUCUUUUGUCUUGUUGCUUCCAAUGCAAUGAUCAAUGCUUUUUCAAUGAAUGGUAACAUGGAGUGUGCUUUGUCGCUUUUUCAAUCCAUGCCUUACCAGGAUGUUGUUUCGUGGACUACUAUGAUUAAUGGUUAUGCUUUGAAUGGGAGUUUCGGUGCUGCGAUUCGGUUUUUUGGGAGGAUGAUGACUCAUAAGGAUGUUGUGGGUUGUUUGGUAAAACCAAAUGAGGCUACUUAUGUUAGUGUGAUAUCUUCAUGUGCUGGUUUAGAAGGAAAGGUUUCUCUUGAUUUUGGAAGGCAAGUUCAUGGUUACAUGUUGCUGAAAGGGGUUGAUUUGGGAGUUUUUGUUGGAACUUCAUUGAUAAAUCUUUAUGGAAAGAUGGGGUGCUUGAAUUAUGCUGUAAAUGUUUUUAGAGUAAUGGUUAAAAGAGAGGUUUGUACUUGGAAUGCAAUGAUUUCUUCAUUGGCUUCCAAUGGUAGAGAGAAGGAGGCACUGGAUUUGUUUAAAAAGAUGAAGAAGCGUCAAGGGUUGCAACCGAAUAGCAUUACCUUUGUGGCAGUUCUUACGGCAUGUGCUCGUGGAAGAUUUGUUAGGGAUGGAUUGGAGUUGUUUGGAUUGAUGUCGAGUGAGUUUCAUGUAGUGCCAGUAAUGGAGCACUAUGGAUGCGUGGUUGACCUUUUGGGAAGAGCUGGUCAUAUUCAGGAAGCUGCUGAUAUCAUAAGAAAUAUGCCUUUUCAGCCCGAUGAAUCUGUACUGGGUGCCUUUUUGGGUGCAUGUAGGAUUCAUGGAGCUAUUGAACUCGGAGAAGAAAUAACGAAAACGCUUAAAUUGCAGACGCAACACUGCGGCCAAUACUUGUUAUUGUCAAGCAUGAAUGCUGAGAAAGAAAGAUGGGAUCAUGCUGCUGAUCUAAGGAAAGAAAUCAUGGAAGCUGGAAUUCACAAAAUUCCAGCAUUUAGUAUGGUUCAUUUGACAUAAUUUUACUCUUUCUCUAUUAAAUAUGUUAUCUAUUUGUUCUAUUGUACAUAGUUUCGAGUCACUUGCUUUCUUGUCAUUGAUAGAAAUCAAUUGAUGACAGCUUUCUGCUAAAGUACUUUGUAUUCCCACCAAUCAGAAAACACAUACAGAAUUUCUCAUUGCUCAUUGUUGAA